UUGAAGGGAAGUUGUGAAAGCUUUCAGGUGUGCGAUAGUAACGAUGUGGUUGAGACAAAGAAAGCCGUGUCGCAAGAGACCAACAACGUGGUUGCCAGCAAUACCGUAACAGCAGUUGCUCAACAAGCAACUUCACUGAAUCCGUUACCUGAAACAAAAGUGGAACAAUUGAUCGAAACUGUUGAACAUCAACCAGAGGAGACCUCGGAUACAAUACGACUGCUCCUUUUGGGACCUGCUGAAUCCGGUAAAACCACAGUGCUGGAACAAAUAAGCACAGAAUGCUCAACGAACGGCCGUUUCAGAAAGCUGUACAAUCAGAAUUUCACAGAAGUUGAAAUGAUGCAUAGGCGAGGAUUUAUUUUCGAGAAUAUCAUCAACUCAAUGAAAUCCAUGAUCGUGUACUUGCAAAAAAUCAACAUGGAAUUUGCUGAUCCGGAAAAUGUGAAAAAUGCUCAAUUAGUGAUGAAUGAGUUGGAAGGUGUUUUCACUCAACUCAAUCCGCUGCAAUACGAUGCAGUCAUUUCACUGUGGCACGACGCUUCAGUGCAAGAGAUCUAUGAGAGGCGAUCAGAAUACAAUCUGAACGAUUCAACAAAAUAUUUUCUGGAUUCACUGGAACGGAUCAACGCUCUCGAUUAUAUGCCGACACCACAAGACCUCGUCAUGGUGUACUGUCCUACGAUUGGCCUACAAAAUGUUAUAUUCACCGUGCAUAAUCGCACCUAUCAGUGA